ACUUUCAUCCUAUUGAUACCAAUUAACACCAACCAUCCAAUCACAGAGCUUCAUUAAUAAAGGACAGAUCUGCAUCAUGUCUGGACGUGGAAAGAAAGUUAUCGCAGCUGCCAAGCCCAAGUCUUCCCAAGUGUCCCGUUCGGUGAGGGCAGGUCUUCAGUUUCCGGUGGGCCGUAUCGCACGUCUCUUGAAGAAGGGAAACUAUGCCCAGAGGAUCGGCAGCGGCGCUGCAGUGUACCUCACGGCCGUGCUGGAGUAUCUGUGUGCUGAGGUGCUGGAGCUGGCUGGAAAUGCUAGCAGAGACAACAAGAAGCUGCGCAUUGCUCCCCGUCACAUUCAGCUGGCGGUGAGGAACGACGAGGAGCUGAACGUACUGCUCGGUGGCGUCACCAUCAGUGAAGGUGGCGUGCUUCCAAACAUUCAGGCUCAACUGCUGCCAAAGAAAACCAAAGCACCCAGAGAUGCCAACAGCAGCAAGGAGAUUCAGUCACAGGAGUUUUAAGUUAUUUAAU